AUGUCAGAAUCAGAAAGAAGAUCAUAAGCAUUAUAUUCAUUUAACCCAAAUUAAAUUGCUUAACCAAAAAAAGAUAUAGAUUAAAUAAUAAACAGAUAUUCAGUAUAAAAUGCUACCCCAAAAGGUGUAGCAUUACCCGAGAAUUACUAACAAAACUUAUUAGAUAAUAUUGACAAUUCAAUGAAUAUAUCCAAAAGUUACAAUUAAGGAAACGAUUUUGGAAACUUAUUAUAAAAUAAUUUGUUUGACCCAAGUUUAGCUGUAAUUAAUAAUACUGAUUUAAUUCAAUCAAUUGGACAUAGAUUGACUUUUGCUGCAGGAGGGCAGAUGGAAAAUUAAAGUAUAUAGAAAAAAAAUAAUAAUAUCCUUAACUAAUUAAAUAAUAAAAAUGAUGAUGUUUUCGAAAGUGAUGAUGAAGAUGGACUUAAGUAAGAUGAAUAUGAAUAAAGAACUAACUAAUUACAUACAGAAGUUAGUGUUUUAUAAGAUUAGGUUUACAAGCUUUUAAAUAAUUAUUAAACAGAAAUGAAAAGUAGUAAUGUUAAAAACAAAGGAGCAUUUAAAGAAAAAAUAAAACUUGAUGCUGGAGUUUUAGCUUAAGAAUAUAAAGAUUUAGUUAAUAGAUUCUAAGAUGUAUCACAAAAUGAUAUUUCGAUUCUUUCUAAAAGCCACAAUGUAAGCGCAAUAGUCGGAGGUACUUCUUUUUUGAGAGGAAACACAGGAAAAGAAAAAGAAGUAAAUGUGAUGAUGAAUUUAGUUGAGUAGUUUUUGACAAAAUUCGAUGACGAAUUUAAAAAUAAUUCCGUUUUGAAUAAAAGUGGUGGAAAUUCUUCGAAUUUAAGUUUAAACAAUAUUUUCUUAAUGUCAAUAUUAUUGUAGUACUUGUGA